CUUUGAUUCAUAUGCAAUGAAUGCCGAGAACCCAUUAAAAGAUCAAGAAAUGGAAGAAGAUGAAUACAUGAAUAAUUAUAUCCACCCGAUUCUAAAAAAGGCGCUUGCACGAUUUUCAAAUAUUCGUUAUGUCUCUGGCAACAAAGCCAUAGAAGCAUCAGCGUAUAGAAAAUCCAUCACAAAUCAAAAGGGUAAUGCAGACCGGUCUGAUGGGAUUGUCUAUACAUCCAAUGAAAAGCCAUAUAAGAUAUGCAUAAUAGAAGGAAGUAAACCAUAUAACACAGAAAAUGGAAAAGAAAUGGCAGACUUUCUUCAAAAUGCGAGGGCUGGAAAAGAUAUUAUUAAUUUUGUCAUAACUCAAGAAGUGAAAUUAAAACGAGCAUUACCAGUGUAUUUUCGAGGAUUUAUG